GCGCGGCGAACAGAAACCAUGUCGGUGUUUGGAAAGCUGUUUGGGUCUGGAGGGGGUAAGGCCGGCAAGGGCGGCCCGACCCCCCAGGAGGCCAUCCAGCGGCUGCGGGACACGGAGGAGAUGCUAAGCAAGAAACAGGAGUUCUUGGAGAAGAAGAUCGAGCAGGAAUUGACGGCCGCCAAGAAACACGGAACCAAAAACAAGCGCGCGGCCCUUCAGGCACUGAAGCGCAAGAAGAGGUACGAGAAGCAGCUGGCGCAGAUUGACGGCACGCUGUCCACCAUUGAGUUCCAGCGGGAGGCCCUGGAGAAUGCCAACACCAACACCGAGGUGCUCAAGAACAUGGGCUAUGCCGCCAAGGCCAUGAAGGCUGCGCACGACAAUAUGGACAUCGAUAAAGUUGAUGAGUUAAUGCAAGAUAUUGCUGACCAGCAAGAACUCGCAGAGGAGAUUUCAACAGCUAUUUCUAAACCUGUAGGGUUUGGAGAAGAGUUUGACGAGGAUGAGCUCAUGGCGGAAUUAGAAGAACUAGAGCAGGAGGAGCUGGACAAGAAUUUGCUGGAGAUCAGUGGGCCUGAAACAGUUCCUUUACCAAAUGUUCCCUCGAUAGCACUACCAUCCAAACCCACCAAGAAGAAGGAAGAGGAAGACGAAGACAUGAAGGAGUUGGAGAACUGGGCUGGAUCCAUAUAAUUGGCCUAGAGCAGCUGGGCCCAGACAGACUCUGACGGCCUGCGCGGCGGGCGGGCAGGCGUGUGCGUGUGCAGGGCAGGCAGGACGGUGCAGGCAGCCGCCCGCUCGAAUCUCACUCCAAAGCAGCGGUUGCAUCGCUGCUCACGCUCGCAUAG